AAUCCCCUGCAGGCCAUGGGACAAAGGAGAGAUGAUAGUCCAGGAAGUUGGUUGUGGAAUGGAAGGACUGAGGGAGGCUCCUGGGACCUGGCGUGUGUGGCUGCCUGGUUAGUCAUAUCACUGAGUGGCCCCGGAAGGAAAGAUAACCGGCAUAAAGAAGUUGCCAAAGCCUCCUCCAUCCGUACCAGGACGAAGAUGAGACGCUACAAACUCUUUCUCAUGUUCUGUAUGGCCGGCCUGUGCCUCAUCUCCUUCCUCCACUUCUUUAAGACCUUGUCCUAUGUCACCUUCCCCAGAGAACUGGCCUCCCUCAGCCCUAACCUGGUAUCCAGCUUCUUCUGGAACAAUGCCCCUGUCACUCCCCAGGCCAGUCCGGAGCCGGGUGGCGCCGACCUGUUGCGGACCCCACUCUACUCCCACUCCCCCUUGCUCCAGCCACUGUCCCCCAGCAAGGCCACCGAGGAACUGCACCGAGUGGACUUCUUCUUGUCGGAGGACACCACUGAAUAUUUUGUGCGCACCAAAGCCGGGGGUGUCUGUUUCAAACCAGGUACCAAGAUGCUGGAGAAACCUUCUUCAGGGCGCACGGAGGAGAAGCCCGAGGUGGCUGAGGGCUCCUCGGCCCGCGGCCCUGCUCGGAGGCCCAUGCGGCACGUGUUGAAUGCGCGAGAGCGGCCGGGUAGCCGGGGCACUAGGCGCAAGUGGGUUGAGUGUGUGUGCCUGCCAGGCUGGCACGGGCCCAGCUGCGGGGUGCCCACAGUGGUGCAGUAUUCCAACCUGCCCACCAAGGAGCGCCUGGUACCCAGGGAGGUGCCGAGGCGGGUUAUCAAUGCCAUCAACAUCAACCACGAGUUUGACCUCCUGGAUGUGCGUUUCCACGAGCUGGGCGAUGUGGUGGACGCCUUCGUGGUGUGCGAGUCCAACUUCACCGCCUACGGGGAGCCGCGGCCGCUCAAGUUCCGAGAGAUGCUGACCAACGGCACCUUCGAGUACAUCCGCCACAAGGUGCUCUACGUCUUUCUGGACCACUUCCCACCCGGUGGCCGGCAGGACGGCUGGAUCGCAGACGACUACCUGCGCACCUUCCUCACCCAGGAUGGUGUCUCCCGCUUGCGCAACCUGCGGCCUGAUGAUGUCUUCAUCAUCGAUGACGCUGACGAGAUCCCAGCGCGUGAUGGUGUGCUGUUUCUCAAGCUCUACGACGGCUGGACCGAGCCCUUUGCCUUCCACAUGCGCAAGUCCCUGUACGGCUUCUUCUGGAAGCAACCGGGCACGCUGGAGGUGGUGUCGGGCUGCACUGUGGACAUGUUGCAGGCCGUGUAUGGGCUGGAUGGCAUCCGCCUGCGCCGUCGCCAAUACUACACCAUGCCCAACUUCCGACAGUAUGAGAACCGCACAGGCCACAUCCUAGUGCAGUGGUCCCUUGGCAGUCCCCUGCACUUUGCGGGCUGGCAUUGCUCCUGGUGCUUCACGCCUGAGGGCAUCUAUUUCAAGCUUGUGUCGGCUCAGAAUGGCGACUUCCCACGCUGGGGGGACUAUGAGGACAAGAGGGACCUCAAUUACAUCCGCAGCUUGAUUCGCACCGGGGGCUGGUUCGACGGCACACAGCAGGAGUACCCUCCCGCAGACCCCAGUGAGCACAUGUAUGCUCCCAAAUACCUACUCAAGAACUAUGACCAGUUCCGCUACCUGCUGGACAACCCAUACCGGGAGCCAAAGAGCACUGUGGAGGAUGGGCGCCGGAACCCGGGCUCCGAGGGAAGGUCACCUGCUGCCAGGGGCAAGUUGGAUGCAGUGGAGGGCUAGGGCUGGGUAGGCUGGGGUGAUGGCUACCCCAGUUUUAUCUUUGGCCUCCUCAUGUCCCUGGGGGCUCUUGAGAGAGCCAGGAGUCAUGGUAGGUGGCUCUCUCUGCUCAAGCCCUCUGGAAUUAAGGGUCAGGCCUUUUAGCCCAAAACAGAAAAGAAAAAUUAAUCUUUUCCAGUAGAGAAGAGCAAGCCCACACAUCUAUGCAGCAUUUUGUCCCCAAGAGUGCUGUGGGCAAGAAGUGUCCCUGGAGCGCAUAAGGUGGUUUUCUGGGGCUGGGAGGGCUAUGGAGUUUCAGCCUAGUUGAGAGAAGCCCACCGUUGACAUCCUGGAUUAUUGACCUGCAAUGGAAAGGGGGGUAUGCCAUGCCAGGAGUUCCCAGGACACUGUAAAUAAAUGCCUUUGGGUUCAGGAGCAAGAAGAGCCACUUUGAGGGAGGGACUGAAAAGUGUAUCUGCUCUUGGUCUCGGCCGAGAAGCUAGGAGAGUGGUGGAAAAUGCACCCGGGAAAGAGAGCACUUGGCAGCUUCCUCAGAAGUGCUGGACCCGAGGAAUGAGGUCACUGCUGGCGGGAGGACGGAGCCAGCGGCCGUCAGUGCCCCUGCCCCUGUAGGCAGACGUGCUGGGGGCCUGAGGAACCUUCCUCUUGGUUCCAAAUCUAGCCUUGAAGGCUUUUUCGCUUUUCCUGUUGCUGUCUCAUGGGAUGCCAGCUCAGCUGCUUGCAAAGGACUCCAGGAGUCCAGUUCUCAGGGUGGGACAGGAGCUGGAGACUGUAUGGGCAGCCAGUAUAAGGGGUGGGACAAGAAAAGGGGACUGACAGAGGCCUCUCUCUCUCUCCCUCCCCAUCACUCUCUGCUGGCAUCCAGUCCCAUUCUACCACCAUCCCAGGUGCAGACAUUCCUGUGCCCUCCCCCACCCCAGAGUAGGCUAGGGGCCAAGGAAGGGGCCACAAGUUUUCUGGGGCCCAAGAAAGGGCCUUAAGGUCGGUGAUAUGUCAACCCAUUCCUCUUGAUUUGCCUUGUGGGGGCCCGGGAUGUAUUUGUUGGAGAAGAUUCUGAGAUCAUGUAGAAGCCCCUCGGCAAACAUCGGUCAAGUAAGACCAGCUUGUUUUUAAUUUAGUAGUCUAGGGGGUGAUGGUCCAGGGCCUGUAAGACAGACAGCUUAGCUUCAUUCACAACUUCCAGGUCUGGAUAGAGUGGCUGCUCCCGCUCACAUGAAAAGACGAGGAAGUGUGAACUCUUUCCUGUGAAGGGCAGGAGGCAGAUAUGUCUGUUGUUUCUGAUCGCAUCUUACUGGUCAGGACUUAGCUGCAUGGCUACAGGUAGUUGCAAGGAAAACUGGGAAAUGUAGUUUUGAGCAGGGCUGCUGUGUGCCUGCCUCAGUUUGAGAGUUCUGUAUUACCAGCAGCACCUUUGUGGGAGGGGUGCAAAUGAUUGAUUGCUCAUCAUGGGACCCUGCUCUCUCCCUGCCUGCCCCGCGGUUGAGGUCCAAUCGGGACUUGCAGGUGUAUGGGAAGAGUGGGUGCCUCUCCCUGAGGCCCCUGACGUUCCCUUGAUGCCAAUUUGCAGGGCUAUCUGUGGAAUGGUCCGUGUUUGUGCGUGUGUGUAUAUUUAUGGGCAUGGGUGCAUGCUUGGUGUGUAUUGUACAUGUCUGUAUCCAUGUGUCCCUGUACUAAGAUGAUGCUCACACGUGUGUGUAGGAGUAUAGGCUUGGCUGUCCUCUUCCCUAGGACCUGGAGCCUAUAUUCUUGUCUCCUGUGGCCCCUCAAGAUGUCUGAGGCAGGAAGUCCUUGGGGGACCUUGAAAGCAAGGCUAAAGGGAGUACAGGGUCUGUCUGUCUGUCUGUCUGUUUUUCAGACUGAGGAAUGGAAUCUUGCUAGCUAGAGGGCUAUGCAGCUGAGAGCCCACCACUCCCUCAGCCUCUCUUCGCCACGGAUACCCCAGCACCUCCUGGAUGUUCUCAUAUUGGAGGCUUCCUGAGGGGUUUCUUCUGAUUCAGCUCUGUCUGGAGCCGUUUACCAGGUGGUGCGGUGGGUGUGGGGUGGGGACAACUCUGGAGAACAGGCACAAACCAGGCUGAGGGGCUCUGUGGCUCCACUCCUCUCAUUGAGGGGUCCCACCCAUGAAACCUCCCUUCAAAGAGCUUCCCUCUCUCGUUCCUCUUGGGACUGAGAGGUGGCCCCAGAAGUCAGGAUGUCCCAGAGGCGUAUGGGUCCAUCUGUGCCAGGGCACUCCUCUGAGAUGCCUGUGGGUGCUCCCGAGGGAUGCCUCCCCCUCAAAUGAAAUCCUCAUCCCACACUCUGGGUAACCUCAGCUGCUUCAUAGACACCCCAUUUCAGGCAUUUCAGGGCUCCUGCCUGCAGGUGACCAGUUCAGGGAUACUGGGAAAGCACAGAUCUAAUGGGCUGGCCUUCUCUCUCAGACCAGUAGGAGGAAAAUAACCAUUUCAACCAGGCAGGAAGAGGCCUGGUCGUGGGCUGAGAGACCACCUGUGAGAGGUGGGGGCUAAAAGGUUUCACAUCUAACCACAGCAUACACUGGGAAUUUGAGGGGCAGGGGACCCAGGACCAUACCCUCAAUAUGAAGGGAAACUCUAUUGAAUGUGAAUGUGGGCGCAUUCUCCAGGAACCACUGUCCUGUGACCUCUAAACCCAAGGAGGCCUGUUCAUUCCGGGCAUCCAGCUGACCUCGUUCACCCAGGGGUCACAGCAGUUAUAGGAGGCAGGCAUGAUGAAGCUUUGGAGACACAGGUGAGAUUCAGGGUGGGAAGACAGGACCCACCCAAGCAGAAGGUAGGGCCCUGGGAAAUGUGUAAUUUAAGGACACCAAUAAUAAUAAUAGUAUUAUUUUUUUUGUAAAGGAAAAUCAAUAUGUACAUUCUGAAAUCAUUUUCUCUGUAAAUGGUUGAAUUUCAUUUCACCCUUAAAGGGAUGCUUAAAGGAGAAGAUAAUAUUAAUAAUAAAAACAGCUGCGAAGUCUG